UAGGAAGGAUCGGGCUGCAGACGGCAGAAAUUUAGAGACACGCCCCUCAAAGUCACGCCCGCAGUGACGAAAUUGGCUGACAGACAAUUGUGGACUGCGAUGAGGUGGAGACUUGUCCAGGGUGUACACCGCCUUCCGCCCAAAUGCAUCUGAGAUAGGCUGCAGCGACCCCCGCACACCCGAACGGGACAAGUGGUAGUAAAUGGAUGGAUGAAUGGACAAGGAUGUGGAGAUAUACCCAUCCCCAAAAGAAGAGGUCAAAUGUGGCAUAUUCAUAAAUGAUGAUGCAUAUCAGGCGCUCGAAGUGGCGGGUGCUGCUCCUAUACUUCCUGGCUGUGGCAGCAGUAACAGCCCAUGGGCAGGCCAAUGGUGAACAAUCAGAUGUCAGUGAAGAAAUUGGCUUAGACGAGGAGGAUAUGGAGGCUUUAAUCGCUGAUGGGGAAGAGGAGGAAGAGGAUAAAGCCACUGAUUUUGAUGAAGUAAAACAGAAAAGUCCAGCUAGUGACAAAGUAUUUCAAGUAACAUACAAGACUCCUGUGCCCACUGGAGACGUUUACUUUGCAGAGACCUUUGACAAUGGCUCACUUGGCAGAUGGCAGCUGUCAAAAACAGUGAAGGAGGAUGCAGACGAUGACAUCGCCAAAUAUGAUGGUAAAUGGGCAGUGGAGCAGCUGAAGGUGAACAAGGUUCCAGGAGACCAAGGCCUCGUGCUUAAGUCCCGGGCCAAGCAUCACGCCAUUUCGGCCAUGCUAGACAUGCCCUUCAUCUUUGCAAAUGAACCUCUAGUUGUACAAUAUGAAGUUAAUUUCCAGGAUGGGAUUGACUGUGGCGGUGCCUAUGUUAAACUGCUGUCAGACACUGGGGAUGUCAAUCUGGAACAAUUCCACGAUCGUACACCCUACACCAUCAUGUUUGGACCUGACAAGUGUGGUGAGGACUAUAAGCUGCACUUUAUCUUCAAUCAUCAGAAUCCCUUAAAUAAAGAUAUGGAGGAAAAGCAUGCCAAGCGACCUGAUGUGGACCUCAAGAAGUUCUACACAGACAGGAAGACUCACCUCUACACUUUAGUCCUCAAACCAGACAACAGCUAUGAAAUGUUCGUUGACCAAUCCAGCGUGAGCAGUGGCACCCUGCUUCAAGAUGUGGUCCCUCCAGUCAACCCGCCCAAAGAGAUUGAUGAUCCAAAUGAUACCAAGCCGCAAGACUGGGAUGAGAGGGCCAAGAUCCCUGAUCCUGAGGCUGCCAAGCCAGAUGACUGGGAUGAGGAUGCGCCUGCCAAGAUUGAAGACCCAGAUGCAUUGCAGCCAGAUGGCUGGCUGGAAGAAGAACUUGAAUUUAUCCCUGAUCCAAAUGCUGAAAAACCAGAAGACUGGGACGUGGAGAUGGAUGGGGAAUGGGAGGCUCCACAGAUACCCAAUCCCGCCUGUGAGGCUACGCCAGGCUGUGGACCAUGGAAGCGACCUAUGAUCAAUAACCCUCGAUACAAGGGCAAGUGGAAAGCCCCACUGGUGGACAACCCUAACUAUCAGGGGGUUUGGAAGCCUCGUAAAAUCAACAACCCGGAAUAUUUUGAGGACCUUCAGCCAUUCAGGAUGACCCCUUUCAAAGCCGUGGGCUUGGAGUUGUGGUCUAUGACUUCAGAUAUUUAUUUCGACAACUUUAUCAUCACCUCUCACAAGGAGGUGUCCGACCGCUGGGCUUCUGACAGCUGGGGCCUGAAGAAACUUGUGGCCAGCGCUAACGAGCCAGGGAUGUUUGCUCAGCUGAUGAUGGCAGCCGAGGAGCGGCCAUGGCUUUGGGUGGUCUACAUCUUGACAGUGGGUCUGCCUUUAGGACUUGUUGUGCUCUUCUGCUGGCCAAAGAAAUCUGACGACUAUGUGUACAAGAAAGUGGAUGUGCCACAAGCUAAUGUAGAAGAAGAGGAGCAAGAGGGGGAGGAGGAAGAGGAUGAAGAGAAGGCUGAAGCAGCAGACAAAGAUGUCAAAGAUACAGAGUCUGCAGAAAGUGAAGCAGAAGAAGCCGAGGACGACGUUGAUGCUACCAAUUUAACAGGGGACCAUGCUGAGCUAGACGCUGAAAAUACUGAUGGUGAGGAACAGGAGGAAGAAGACGAAGAUGAGGAAAGCAAAACUUCUGAGAGAAGAUUGGAAGUUGAGGCUGAAGGAGGCGGCGAUGGCGUGGAAAGCAACAAACAAGCGGCUGGAAGCUCCGCCUCCGCCGCUUCUUCCUCUCUGAACAGAGUAGAUCGAAGCGUGAUUUCCUCCAAUAGCCCGCAGUCUGACAUCCCCCACAUGACCACGUCGCCAACGUCCCUCUGCGGCGGCAUUGGUCUACACUCUGUUGGCUUUCUGCUCGUUUGCCUUCAAUGAAUUUGUGCUUUUUGUAUUAUUUUGCCACUCAUUUCAUCUUCUUUUCAUUCUAAGCAUUCUCUCCAACAUUUGUCAGCAACUUUUUGGAGUGAAAUGAACAUUUUUACCUUCAAGAAUGUGACUCAAGACACGUCUUGACUAUAGGUACUGUCUUUGGGGAGGAGACGCCAUGUUCAUUUUAGCACAGUUUGGAAAAAGGUCAUUUACUUACGUUUUUGUGUUUAAUUACUGGUAUAGAAGAAGAACAAAGAUUAUUAUUAUUUGUGUAAAUAAUCCUUUCCGACCAAGUAAUUGGAGAUUGAUUUUUUGCAGCACAUUAAAAUGCUGUGGCACAGUUGAUAGGGAAUUUUCAGAUAUGAUUGACACUUAACAACUAUUUAAAUUUAAAUAUUCUGAUAGUCAAUUCACUUGAAAGUUGCAUUUUAGAGCCUAGAAUUAUGUGCAAGCAUGGAAAAAAACAAUAAAUGUACUUUUCUGAAACUC